ACGGUAUAAAUUUUGAAAAAUAUGAUAAAAUACCUGUUAAAGUGUCGGGAGUCAAUCCGUCCCAGGCAAUCGUGCGGUUCGAUGAAGCAAGGCUGUCGCCUGGAAUUAUGAACAACUUGAGAAAAUCGAAUUAUACUACGCCUACUCCAAUUCAGAAGAACGCGAUCCCAAAUGCUCUCGAUGGACGCGACAUCAUGGCGUGUGCUCAGACCGGAUCUGGGAAAACUGCCGCAUUCUUGCUUCCUAUCAUCAGCAAGAUUUUCGAGGCUGGGGAACUAGGAGACGGCAUGAUGGAUGUUCAGGAACCUAAAGCACUCGUUAUUGCACCCACUAGGGAAUUAGCUUGUCAAAUUGAAACAGAGGCGAAGAAAUUGUGUCACGGAACCAUCAUUAAGAGUGUUGUGAUAUACGGAGGCGUCAAUGUCUUGCAUCAUCUGAGCCAACUCAGAAAAGGCUGUGACAUCUUGGUAGGCACACCAGGCAGGAUAAUUGGGUUUGCAUCAGAUGGCAAAGUGUCUCUGAAGAAAGUCAAGUUCUUAGUGCUGGACGAGGCAGAUCGCAUGCUGGACCAGGGAUUCGAGCCAGAUAUCCGGCGCAUCGAGCGAGAGAUGCCUUCGAAAGAUGAAAGACAAACUCUUCUCUUUUCAGCAACUUUCCCUGCCGAGGUACAAGAUCUUGCGUCUCAGAUGCUGCGUCGGGACUACUUAUUCAUCGCAGUGGGAAUUGUGGGAGGUGCAAAUCAAGACGUCAAACAAACAGUGCUGGAAGUUGCCAGCUCGGAUAAAAUUCAGAAACUGAAGGAAGUGUUGCAGAAUGACAUUCCGCGUGACAGCAAAGUUCUUAUUUUUGUAGAACUAAAGAAACGAGCCGACUUUUUAGCUGCCAGGCUUUUACAAGAGGGCUACAAGUGCACGUCUAUUCAUGGGGAUAGACUGCAAAGAGAGCGUGAAAUUGCUUUGAGGCAGUUCAAAAAUAACGAGUGUAACGUGCUGAUGGCGACGUCGGUUGCAGCCAGGGGUCUGGACAUCCCGAAGGUGGAGUUCGUCGUCAACUUCGACAUGCCGAGUGAGGUGGACGAGUAUGUGCACCGAAUAGGCCGAACGGGCAGGCUAGGUCUGCAGGGACACGCCAUCACGUUCGUUGACCCAACAUCCGACAGCCAGGUUUUGCGCUCUCUUGUCGCAACUCUCAAAAAUGCUGGCCAAGAAAUCCCCCCCUGGUUGGAGCAGCACUCCACUGGUGCCACUGGAACCUUCUCCGAGUUCAACAACGAUGCUCGCUCCGACUUCCGAAGAGAAUUCGGAGGAACCGGUGGAGGCUUCGCUUCUGGCGGAGCCUCGAAUCCCACUUUCGGAGACUUCAGUUCGGCCUGGUAGAUCUCCCCGGGAAACCUCCCAUAACGCUCGCAACUUGAAAAAUCGUUGAUGAAACUAUCUGAUUGAAAAACAUUAAUUUUUAGUUGCUAAUAUUUAAGCGUUUGUUUUCUCCAGGCGCUUCGGAGUUUGUGGCUGUUAUGACUUGUUUCUGUUGAAUGAAUUUCUUGUGCAAAUGAUAGCUCGUAUUUAAAAUUCAAAUCAAUUGAGAAUUCUGACAUGCAAAGAGAAUCAAAAAUCAAAUAUGUUCAAGGUUGAUGGUUGAUGCAGUGCCGUAUUUAUAUCAACUGUAUUCAAUUUAAUUUCAAUCUCGA